AUGGCUUCGAUAUCACGGCGACUCGUGCUAUUAUCGCGGCGCUGUCCUCCCAAAGAAGCCGCCAUCCCCGGCGCACCCGCUUCGGACCCAAUCGAAGAAGCGAUCAACCCUGAUGUAACGCCCCAGAAGUCGACCGGUGGAGAAGCGCUUCGGCAGCUCGUGGAGGACUUGAAGGCACUGGACCCGGAGAUCAUUGAAGAUGCGAUCCGCAAGGGGAAGGAAGGCGUAUCGUGGCUGAACAACGAGGAAACCAAAGAGAUGAUUGAUGACGACUGGGUCAUCCCAGAGGAAGACACGCGGAAGGUUGGGUUCUGGGGUGAGGGAGAACCGACUCUGGGGAAAGACGAGGAUUACUAUGGGGAUGAUGUGACGAGUUUGGGCCAUGGAGAGUUGGAGCAGCAUAGGGAGUUGAGGGAGUAUGCGAGAUUGAUUGCGUGGGAGUUGCCGUUGUUGAACCCCACCCACCGCCGCAACCCCUUCCGCUUCCGCUACACUUCUUACCUCGGCGAAUCGCACCCCGCCACCAACAAAGUCGUCGUCGAGUUCUCCUCCUCCGACCUCUCCCUCAACUCCACCCAGCGCGACAAGCUCAUAAAGCUCGCCGGCGUACGCUACAACCCCUCCACCGACAUCAUCAAAAUGUCCUGCGAGUCCUUUGACACGCAAGCCCAGAACAAGCGCUUCCUCGGCGAAUCAAUUACGAACUUAAUCAAGGAGGCGAAGGAUGGGAAAGACACGUUCGCAGACGUGCCCUUUGAUUUCAGACACCAUAAGCCGAAGGUCAGGCAUCAAUUUCCCAAGGAGUGGAUAUUGACGCCGGAGAAGAAGCAAUAUCUCGAGAACAAGAGGAAGCAGAUGCUGCAGUUGGAUGACCAGAAGGCGGGUAACGGAGAAAUAGUCGAUGGGAAGAACAUCGUGGCUAACAGUUUGCCUGCGGCGAUGGCGGAGCCUGUGCCGGUGAUGGCAGGUGGGCCCCGAGGCAGGGCACUUCGAUGA